AAAUGGUAUAAAUAAAUGGACGAUGGCGAACAGAUCAUUAGUUUGAGUUAAUAGUGAAUCAAGUCGACUACUGAAUGAAAUGAAACUGGUCUUUAUAUUCUUGUCCGUGCAGCUCGUGCUGCUGGCGACUUCCCUCAACGCCAGAAGAUGCUUCCAGCCCACCUCGACCAGCGCUGCACCAGGAAGUUCGACGAACCCAACAACCUCAACCACCCAGAAUCCCACAGAUGGACAGACGGAAACAUCCCUUGGACCUAUAAGUACUUCGACGCCAGGGCCCACCGACGAUGAGCCAACUGACGCAUCCUCUGACCCAAUCGGAGAGACCACUGAUGUUCCCUCUGACCCAUCGGGAGGGACCACUGAUGCUGCCUCUGACCCAUCGGGAGGGACCACUGUUGCACCAUCGGAUCCAACAGGCCAACACACGGAUUCAUCGGGACAAACUACGAAUGCACCCCCAGAUCCAUCUACUGAUGCACCAUCGGAUCCAACUACUGCAACUACUGAUACACCCCCGACAACAAAACCUCCUCCCGAAGUAGAUUGCGAUGCCGCUUGCCGCGCACAUCCGGGAGCGGUGUACUUACCAAAUCCCUACGAUUGUCACCAGUUUAUACAGUGCGAUGGGAAUCUGGGGUAUAAACAUACAUGUCCGGACGGACUCUACUGGAAUUCGGUUGCUGUGACCUGCGACACGGUUUGCCAAUAAAGUAUUAUGAACAGCA